AUGAUUACCCAAAAUCAAAAACUCACUUCAGAUAGACUUGUUACUGAUUCAGAUUCUCUCUACAAGAGAAUUGACUCCUAUGUAUCAAAAGGCCAUACCAACUACACAAGACUAGCACAUCAUUUUCAAACACUAGCAUCACCUGAAUUACAAGACAAUUUAUCACCUGAAGGUGCUGUGUACUUUACAGACACCAGAUUGAUGUCAGAUCAUUUCUUUUGCGAGCAUUAUCAAUAUCAUGCAUUGAAUUUUAUUGUCUGUACCAAAGAAAAGCUUAAAGAACAGCGUGAUGAAAUGAAUGAAUUAGUUCAACAAAUAUUUCACAUGUCUCAUGACAACAAUUCUCUUCAUGUGGACGUUUCGUGUUUACUGCACGAAGUAGUUGAUCUUAUAGUGAAGUUGGAAGGAAAAAUUCCUGAAAAAUUGGAACUGAAAAGUUUUUGGGAUGGCCGUUCUACCAAUGAAGUCAUUCAUGCAUUUGUAAUUCUUAACAGUAUUCUUUCUACACAAUGCAGAUACAAUGCAUUCAUUACAGAUAUGUACAAAGGACAAGAAAUUCAUAAGAAUGUUUCGAAAUAUUUUGAUAUAAGUUUUUCAAUAUUGAAUGAUUUGGUUGAACACGGAUUUAUUUACACUUUUGAGGAAAAUGGGGUGAAGAAAAGCAUAACUCUACCUGUUACAGUAUAUAUAUGUGCAGAUUUGUCAGCAUUAUGGAAGCUCUGUGAUGAAACAUUUGUGUGCCCAUAUUGUGAUUGUACUCAUGAAAAUUAUAAUACAAUAUUUGAAUACAAUCACUCUCUCGAUUUUAAUUGCAGAAAUAUUAUUCUAGAAAAAUACCCAAAAUUGAUGGAACAUGUUGUCAUUGAUGUACUUUAUGCAAAGCUUCGAAUUGUUGGGAAUUGGUUGGCUAAAUUAAUGUUGAAACUGUGUCCAGAUGAAUUAGAGGCAGUUAAAGAUGUAAUUCGACAGUUCCCAUCACUCUCAAAAUUUGAAUUUAAAGAAAAACCAUUUUACAAGCAACAGCUGGCAAUGGAAGCAAACAAAGUCUAUCAACCACCUUACCUCAAUGGAAAACAAGCGGACACCUUAUUACUCAAUUUUGAGAAAAUUUUUUUGGAAGCCUUAAACAAAAGCAGCUUUGAUUCACAAGAUGUUGCAAUUUGGUCAAUGUUUCGAUAUAUAAUUUAUGGAUACAUGGAGGCCCUUCGCAAUUACUUGCAGAGCAAAAUAUUGAGGAAGAUUUAA